CAUUCGGGUGGGGCAGGUUUUCUUAUCUACCAGCCGCACUUUCACCGUCUGAUUCUUCGCGGUGUGAACAGACUCGCAGGACACACGCAGACGCAGCUCGAACAGACUCCCGGUUUGUUUCAUUAAUUUUUCCCCCCUCCCCAGCGACCUUCUCCGUACACCUUUCGAGCAAAAAAUGUUCCGCUGUGGGCUCGCCUACCCGCGGUGCAGGUGGAUCAUGCCCCUGCUGCUGAUUUUCGCCAUAAUUUUUGACAUUAUCGCCAUCGCGGCCCAGUCCGGGUGGAUCCAGGACCGGGACAAUACGCACUACUCCAGCAUGUGGAAAGACUGCCGACGGAUGGGCGAUGAAUCGGACUGUAUGAGCCUGAUGGACGAGAGUUGGGCUCGGGCCGUGGCAGCGCUGAUGAUUAUUGGCCUCCUCAUCCUUAUCAUUGCUUUCGUCGUCAGCCUCGUUGCACUGUGUAACGACGUCAGUGUGGGCGCUUGUAUUACCGUGGGAGUUCUGCUUUUUAUUGUUGCGCUCCUCCAGUUCAUCGGUCUGAUCAUCUACCCCGUCAAUUUCAACGACAGGAUCUUCGAGGGCGAAUACGAAUACACCUGGGCCUACGGGUUCGGGUGGGGCGCCACCAUCAUCUGCUUGGGCUGCAGUUUCAUCUUCUGCUGCAUAACCUCUUGCAUAAGCAAGAUAAACGGAGAUGAGAAGAUGGAGUACUGUAUCACUCGUUAGUAGUGACAGAAUCUCUCGGCCCGCCCAGUCACAGUAGUUUCCUUUCCCCCCACUUCUCUCUGUCACUGAAAACUAAAAUUUUGUUCAACACUGGAAGCAUUCCUCCACUACCAUCCAUGAACAUAGUGGACUGUAACUGGGGGCCACCCGAGCUUUAAUGCACACAGAUCUUGAUUUUAGAUUUUGUCAGCAUCUCAAAUCCCCCCUUUUGUGUUUUGUUUUUUUACAAAGUUAGACACUUUCUAUACUUUUUCCUCAGAAUUUCGCACAAUGUAAUUCUCAAAGCAAUAACGCCCCAAGUGCAUUUAUCUUUAAAGGAGCUAGUUUUGUAUAAACCACAACCACCUUUUUCCAGGGUUUUUGUUUUUUUUUUUGCACAGGAUGAAUGAAUGUUUAUCACCCUACAUUGUACCGUGUAAUUUGACAAGUAUUGGGUCUCCAUAGUGUCAUUAACUCUGCAAGUUUAGUCUGCCAGACGAAGGAUAGGAAGGCCUGAAGAGGCUGAAAGUAAUCUGUUCCAUCAGAAACGUUCGCGUUGGUUAAAAAAGUGUUUGCACCAUUUUUAUAAAUCUACAGUCUGUUUGUUUUGAUGCGCUUAUGCAAUUGACUUGUCUUUAUGCUAUAGUAGAAUUAAAGGUGUUCUGAAUUCACAUUGGUGCAGAUGUUUAGCUCAACUGUCUCAGAAAUAGUCCAGAUCCCUCAUUGUUUUUUAUUGCAGCAAUUAAUUAUAUUUAAGCACUACAGGAGACAAAAAAUAAAAAAAUCUUAUCACCUUGAAACGUAUUGCAAUAUCCACACUGCCAUCGUUCAAUAAGGAUGUCAAUACUGGUUAAAAGGGAACAAUAUGCAUUUAGAUAAUUUUGUUUUAUAUGUUAUAUUCAUAUCAGUUAUAUAUGAUUGAAUGUGUGAAAUGGGUUUUUUUUUUUCCUGAAUUUUAAGAAUGCCAUAGAGGCGCUGCUGGUUUGGUGUUAAAACAUUGACCAAAGUUUCCAACACUAUGACUCACUGUGUGAAAAGAAGCGGUGCCUUUGUGUUUUCUCUGUGGUUAAUCCUUGAGCGUUUCAUGCUAGUGGAACAGCUGGUUUUUUCUCACGCCGUCCGCUUCGUGCCAGCACCAAUCUGCUCAGACAUGAUCAGGCCUCUUUGUUAGAUUUAUAUCCUGAAUUUCUGACGAACUCCUCUGUUGGGUGAGUCAAUAUUUCUACUGAUACUUUGUUUGUCCAGCCCAGAACUGCUUAGUUUCAUGUAUUUUAUAAUUUGGUAGAAGUUUUAAUCCUUAAUGAGCAUAAGUGUUUGUGUUCAGUGUGGGCUUUUCACUGUAAGUCAUCAGUGCUUUACUGUAUUAAAAAGAAAUCUAAUAUUUUUCUUUCUGUUCUCUGAGGUAUUUUUGGUAGGUUGUGUAUUUUUAAGCAAUAAAGAGUUUUUAUGUAGAAGAA